CAGAAACAAUCUCGGCAGUGCGAUCCCAAUUCUGCGAUCAGUCAUCCUUGCACCUCAGCUGUCAAAUACACACAGAAAUGUCCAUCGUGGGGAGUAUCCCGCAUAAAUACAGUCAAUAGGCUCUAUGCAGCGGGAAUCGUGACGUGUUUCCAACUACACUCUCUACUGGGCUAACAGUUUCCGGUCCCUCUUUACAUCUGACGCUAAACCUCGCGAGAUCGUUGGGUAUGGCGCGAAACUUAAAAGCGACAAACAUUUCCCUCAACAUUUCUGGUUGUUAGUAUAUAUCGUUUUUGACAUCUUAACCAUGGAGAAAAAGGUUUUCUGAUACCAAAAGCUAAUGCGACCUAGAUCGGAACAUUGUUGUGUGCCGUUGUGCGUUGUGUCGGCAAGAUACAACUCUACGGUUAGUUUCCAUUCAUUUCCAGUGGAAGAGGAUCUCAGAAAAAAGUGGCUCGUUCAGAUCAGGAGAGAUGACUUCCAAGUCAACAAAAACACAAAGGUGUGUAGCGUUCAUUUCAGAUCUGAUGACUUUAUGGAAGGGGCUCGUCUGAAACGUCUGAAAAAAGGUGUUUUCCCUACACUGUUUGAGUGGAACCACUACCAGGAGCAGCCGCAGAGGUUGAGUGUUUGGGAACGUCGAGAGAGACCGCUGACCCCUGAUCCUGACUCGGACGCAGAACAGGAAGAUAUGGACUUCGAUGUGGAGAGCACUGGACAUGAUUAUUGUUCAGUUCCCGAAGCUGCAGCCGUGGACAUGGUUCUACAUGAAAACGAGGAGUUAAAAAGAGAGAUAGAAGAUGUACGGAAGCAGUUGGAGCAAACAAAGAUGAUGCACCGCUUUGGUCUCAGUAGAUUUGCUGGGUCCGAUGAGGACAUUCGCUUUUAUACAAGAUUUGCAACAUACAACCACCUGAUGGCCUUCUGGGAACUGAUUGAACCGGCAACUCACAGGAUGAUUCGUGUCACCAACUCCAAAGUCUUCAAGGAGCCUGGAAACACUCGGGCACUCCAAAGUCUUCAAGGAGCCUGGAAACACUCGGGCACUCCAAAGUCUUCAAGGAGCCUGGAAACACUCGGGCACUCCAAAGUCUUCAAGGAGCCUGGAAACACUCGGGCACUCCAAAGUCUUCAAGGAGCCUGGAAACACUCGGGCACUCCAAAGUCUUCAAGGAGCCUGGAAACACUCGGGCACUCCAAAGUCUUCAAGGAGCCUGGAAACACUCGGGCACUUCCUGCAAUAGAUGAGUUCUUCCUGUUCUUGAUGCAUCUUGCUUUGGGCCUCAAGCAAAAGGACCUUGGUCAUCGGUUUCAAGUACAUCAGACCACUGUAAGCCGCAUCAUAACAACCUGGGCCAACUUCCUGUACUUUGUCCUGGGGUCAGUGUGCAUUUGGAUGCCAAAAGAGAAAGUACGAGCCCAUCUGCCAGAAGAAUUCCAUCAAUUUCGAGACACACAGGUUAUCCUGGAUUGCACAGAGAUCCGCUGCCAAACACCUUCCUCUUUGCUACUACAAAGUGAGGUCUUUUCAAAUUACAAGUCUCACUGCACCUUCAAAGCUUUAGUAGGAAUGGCACCUCAUGGUGCAAUAACAUUUGUUUCUGCACUGUAUGCAGGGUCUAUUAGUGACCGGGAGCUGUUCAAACAGUCAGGGAUCAUUAACCUUCUUACCCCUGACAUGGCCAUCAUGGUGGAUAAGGGCUUCUUAAUUGAUAGCCUGGUGCCAUGUAAAAUCCACCGGCCUGUUUUCCUGACCAAUGGAAAACAAAUGUCAGCUGAUGAAGUGACACACACUCAGUCUGUGGCUAGGCUCAGGGUACAUGUUGAACGUCUUAUCCGUCGUGUUAAAGAGCAUAAGUUGUUUGACACAAUCAUUCCCUUGUCAAUUUCUGGUAGCAUAAACCAACUGUUCACAGUGGCAUGUUUGCUUGUGAACUACCAAUGUGGACCACUUGUCAAGGCAUGGAGCCACUGAGUCUAAAAACUUAGAUGUGCUAGGGUUUGUAUAAAUAUUGUACAUAUUCUUUUGUUAAUACUAUGGAUUUCACACUCUGUUCUGUAUUAAUACCUCUGAUCAACAGACAAAACUCAGACAGUUUCCUUAUACAUAUUUUAUUAUAAUAACACAAAAAAACUAUAAGAACCUAAAGAUAUAGUAUAUACAUGUGUAAUGUAAUAUAAUAGAUAGGUAUAUAUUGUAUAUAAUGUAUACAUAUAAUAAAUAUAAUGCUGUAUAAAGAUAAUGUGUAUAUGUACUGUAAUAAAAUAGGUGUGUAUA